UAACCCUGCAGAGGAACUCCUGGGUUCAAUGUAGAGCAGGGGUGUUCAACCCUGGUCCUCAGGGGCCGCUGUCCUGUAUGUUUUUGAUGUUUCCCUGAUCCAGCACUCCUGAUUCGGAUGAAUGGCUUCUUGUCAAGCUCUGAGGAAGCCUGAUGACCCUUUAUUUAUAUCAGCCUGCUGCAGAACUGCGCCAGUACAAUAGAGCUGAAGUUCUCCACCCUCUCUUCAACCACCUGUACACAUCUGAAGCCUCUCUCAUACAGGUGGUGGUGGUGUUGCCAUGCCAUGCCUGUGGGAUUUGCUGCCGAUGUUGGAAAAGUCCCCUGUGCUCACUGUCGCCUCCUGGAGGCCCAACCGGUACGACGCAGUGCUGCGUCUGGUCCUGUCCCACAUGGAGGUGGAACACAAGCUGCCUCUGCGCAGGGUCUACGCCGGCAUCCUGCCACUCUUCAUAGACAGGGCAACUGCGCAGCCUCCAAGGCUGCAUCUGUGUCCCUGGAGGUGUGAUGGUCCUGAGGAGCAGAGCCGGAUCGCCAUCCUGGACGCCCUGGAGAAGACCAUCACUGUAGCCUGGUCAAGGUGGCAUGUGAGGGGACUGGCUGACGUGUCGUCAGAGGACACGUCUGCUGCUGUCGACAACCACGUAGCUGGAAAAGUAUCUGUGCUUUGCUGCCUACAGAUAAUAUGCCAGACAUCAACACUGCUGGAUGAGCUGCUACCUCCUAUACCAGAAGGGGGGGCCAGAACUACAAUCAGACCCUGUGCUGGAUCUGAAUAUGUUGUACUGUGUAUUGUGCUGUGGUUUUAUAUAAAGUUUACAAAACACUGA